AUAGGUUGGGGCCUCCUGUGGACAUAACACUGGAUUCUUUGAACUGCACCGCACUUAGUAUUCAAUGGAGAAUGCCUCAGCAGCAUGCAAAUACCAUCACAGGGUACACUGUGUUCUACACUGAGGUCAAGACUGAUGAACCAAUUAGGCAACAGUCUCAUGAUGUACCUCUCAGUUUGGAUAUGCUUGGCAUGGGUCAGAUGGCUGGGCAAGCAAUUUUUGAAGUUGUUAUUGGAGAUCUGAAGCCAGGGACUCUCCAUAGUGUCAGCAUAGGAGCUUAUGGCUGGGCAGGAAGAGGCAGAGCCAGCAUGCCUAGAAAUGUGACAACUCUAUCACAAGAUAAAUGUAUGCCACCAGCUCCACCUAGUCAGCCUCAAGUCAUUGUUGUUUCAGAUUCAGAAGUUGCUUUAUCAUGGAAACCAGGACCAAGUGAAGGAGGUUCUCCAAUUGAGUACUACACAGUGGAAUUUAUCAGGCCCGAUUUUGAUACCGAUUGGACAGCAAUUAGAGAGCAGAUCCAGAUGGACUCUAUGAUCCUGAAGGGGUUAACUCCAAACGACAAGUAUCAGUUUGCCAUCCGAGCUACAAAUUCAUACGGAUCCAGUCUGCCAAGCAUUGCCAGUGAUAUAAUCAGAAUGUUCC